GGGACACGUGCCGGGAUGCGGGCCGUGGACACCACCCGACCGCCAGGCCCCGGCUCCGGAAACGCGGCUGCCCCGGGCACCCCACGAUCAGGACGUGGGCCCUCCCCCCUCCCCUCCCCCCUUUGUCCUGGUAACGGCCGAGGACGUAACCGACUGCCGCCAGGAGGACGCCCAGGGCCUGGUUGCUCCCAGCCGGAGGGCGGAGUCGCCCAGAGCGAGCGGUCCCCCGGUCCGUGUGCCUGGUGGGCGGCCGGCGGCGUUUGCGCACAGACAGCCCUCAGCGCCUUUUUCCAGGAGACCAACAUCCCCUACAGCCACCACCACCACCAGAUGAUGUGCACUCCUGCCAAUACCCCUGCCACGCCCCCCAACUUCCCUGAUGCCCUCACCAUGUUCUCACGUCUCAAGGCCUCUGAAAGCUUCCACGGUGGCGGCAGCGGCAGUCCGAUGGCCACGACAGCCACAUCACCCCCACCGCACUUCCCCCAUGCCGCCACUGGCAGCUUCGCAACACCCAGCUGGCCAACUACAGCCUCACCCCCAGGAGGCCCACAGCACUACCAGCCGCAGCCGCCCCUGUGGACUCCGGCACCCCCUUCCCCAGCUUCAGACUGGCCUCCCCUGGCUCCCCAACAGGCCGCCUCAGAACCGAGGGCCCACCCUGCCAUGGAGGCAGAGAGAUAGGGGAGGCCCCUCCCCCCUCCCUGAGGCCAGGACCCUGUGGGGUGGGGGAGAGGAUUUCUCUAUGGGCCCCUUCACCCCUUCUCUCUCUGCACCCCUGUGCCCUGGAGCCUUGGAGGGGAGAGACUGGACUCUAGCCAGGCAGGGAUACGUCUUGUGCCAGCAUGCACAGCUGCACGCACGCAAGUUCACAGCACAGGCACUUGGCUCCCAGCUCGCAUGGAUUUGGCUCAAAGUGGCUUUGGGUGUCCAGUGGGCAGUACCUUGGAGACCAAACAGUCACCCCAUGAAGACUCACCUGCCUGGCCCUCCCACCCAGGGAAAAUCAAUUGGUGGUGGAGACUCAGCUGGCUUCUGUCUUGGAGCUCCCUGGGGCCAGUAGGCCUAAAUCCCCACCCUUGGGAAUGCAGAGCCUUCUCUGCAUGUGUGCGUGUAGCUGUGUCUAUGUAUUUAUAUGUAUGUCGCUCUUCUAAAAGCAACUUAGUUUAUGGGGCAGCUGGACUUUGCAUGUUAGAGUGAGCCCCAAACUCCUUGCCCACCACCCAGUCUUACCCAGGGCCCUGCUUCACCCCACCCCCUUGUCUGCCAGCAUUGCUUUUCCCUGAAAAGGAUUAUAGGAAACUCCAGGACUCUUCUACUCAUCCCCCAGCGCCUGCCUGCUGGGGCUGCCUGCAUGCCUCUCUCCCCCAGAGCCCAGGGGUACCUAAUCCCCAUUUCCUAUCGCCCUUUUAACAACAGAGAAGAAAGAAUUCCAAACCACCACCAGGCUCUGUGGUCUUGCCUCAUAUCCUAGGCUUUGCUGGCUGGCUCUGUGGAAGGGGGUGCUGAGCUGAGCACAAGCCAUCCCAGUUUCGCCCAGCAGAACACUGCUCCUGCCUCUUGCCACAUGCACUGGAAUCUGCCUACCAGAGGCUUGUCCUAUGAAGUUUGUUUUCUAGCCUUUGUUCCCAGAAUCCCACCUACUGUUUACCUGCUCCUUUUCCUGAUGAAAUGGACGAAUCUCAACUUUACUUUGGGUGAGCAGGGCUAAUGAAUGCCUGGGUUUCACAUGGUCCUUUCUUCUUGGACUCAUAGCCUUGCCAUUAGCGACAUGGUUGGGCAGGACUCCUGCACCAACCUGGUAUGCCUAUUUCUGGAAAAAGAGUAAGGCGGGAGGGCAAGCCAUGUCCAGCCCUUGAGUCUUCAGUCUGCAGCAUCUCCACUCAGGGAUGGAAGGAAAUUGCUAUAACCCCAUCUCCACAUGUGGUAGGAAAAGGCUUUGGAGAGAGAUGUGUUUUGGGGUCACCUGCCAUGCAGGGUGAGUCCUGGGCUUCUCUGUGGACAGAUGUUGAGGUGACUGCUAUGCAGGAGGUGACACACAUAGUCUAGCAUCAGCUUAUAAAUGCCCAGCAGACCCCUGGAUGGCCUGUGAUGGACCAUACCCUCCCUACUUUAAGUAGUGUCUCUUAUGGAAAAAUAGGCAACAGCAUUACCCAAGAACUUGUUGGACAUGCAGGACCUAAGUCCCUAGCCCAUACCCCAAGUCAAAAUCUUAACAGGAGCACUUGAUAAAAAUAGACACUGGAGUUUAAGAAGCUCCCCAGAAGGACAUCUACCAAAUUCUGGAGCUGAACCCAGCUAUUUGAGGAGGCUGCUGAGCAUUUGGCCUUGAAAUCUCAAGUGGUCACAUUGAGGCAUAAGGGACUUUCUAGCCUCAGCACUGUUAACUAACGUCUGAGUCAGAUAGUGUCCCUUCAGUAGGGGCUGACAUAUACACUGUGUUCUGGAAGCCUACCCACUACAUCAAGUAGCAAAGACCCCCUUUCCCCCUUGUGUAUCAAAAUGGUCUGCACAUACUGCCAACAUCCUCUUCUCUGGGAAUGGCUGCUGCUGGUCCUGGGGUUUACAUGCGCAGCCACCCAGCCUAAACAGCCUCCCCCCUCCCCCCGCAUCAGUGCUGGGCAAGAGCUGCAGGUAGAUAAUAGUGAUCCAUCUGCCUUCAGUAAAAGCCACUCAGUUUACAGCUUUCUGGUUGUACCAAUUAUACUUAAAAGCUGUUACUAAAAAUAAUACAGCUCCUACCAGGUGGUUCUGAUACAGCCACUGAGCACACAACCACCAGACUCCUGAUCUACAAGCUUGCAGAAGGAUGAGGGUACCUCAAAGUACUCAGCUUUGUUUUUGAGGCAGGGUCUCAUUUGGUCCAGGCUACUCUUGAACUCAUGGUAAUCCUGCCUUAACUAAGUGCUGGGGUUUAAAGGUGAGCCACUACAGCCAGCUCUGAGUACUUGUUAGACACACUGGUUCCCAGCCUGUCUUGAAGAGCUGCCCUGGAGGAGAGUCCUAGACUGAUUUUUCAGUUUGUCUAAUGCUAGAGCUCUCCUGCAGUUGGGUUUUCUGGGCAGCACAGGCUGGAGCUAGGGCCUAGAAACUCUUAUUUCCUAGCAGAUGCAGAGGCCCUGCCAGAUAUGCUUCAUGUUCUUGUCUGAGUAUCUGGAAAUGGUGAGGACUAUCUUUGGGGGUGGUAGCCAGAUGUGACCCAUGAUACCUUGUAGCUUGCACACACACAAAACCAAACUCUGGAACAUCCUAUAGCUUAACCCAAGCCUGGGCACUGAGAAAAUAAAAUGAUUCAUGUGUUCAA